AUGGCGGAAGCUUCCAACGGUCGCGUUACUAUUACUCUCGGUCCUAGUGGCCAGGUAGUGAAGCGAGCUGUGUCGGCUGCUGGCUAUUCAGAUUCUCUGCUAGGUUCUGGAGGGAAGCGCUCUGUGAGGGAUAGAUUAGGAGGUGACUCGGAGGGUUCCAUGUACCGUGGAAGUCAACAUGGUGACAAACGGCAUAGAAGCGAUAGUUAUUUGACUGCUGCAAACUCUGCUGGUGUUAGAGAUGCUCGUAUUGGUAAGGGCGACCUACGCUUCAAACUCUUGCAAAAGAAUGUGGGUAGAAGAGAUCAGAGUGAUGAUGACCAGUGGGAUUUGCGAGAUAAGCUCUCGAAGAAGGCACAAUCCCUUAGCCACCCUCCUGCCGCUCUUGGUACUGGGGAGCUCAUGUCAUAUCCUAGGGAGACUAGUCUAUUGGGCGGAAUCCCUCCUUCAGGAAGUUCCAGUGAAUUGUCUCGGAGGGAACCUUCAAGAAAUUCAUAUUCCCCUUGGACUUUGGACCAUAUACGACGGAGAUCUCCAGGUAGGAUUAUAACUGCUUCAACACCCCCAGAUAGGGGUAUCAGUACAUCUAGAGGGUUCUCUCCGCCAAGACAUGUGGAUGAAGGUCAGCGAAGGUCAUUAGGCAGGUCUAUUGAUGAUGUUAGACCGGUUUCAUACAUGACGAGAGAUGUUCGUGAUGCCCCUAGGUCCAUGAGCAGUUCCACUCAUUUUAUGCCAAAACCAGGUUUGCCUACUGUUUCAACAAAAAGUGCUGCUGCGAUUUCCGCCCCAGUUGCUCCAGCUAGUAAUGUUCCGUCAAAACAAACAUAUGCGGGAGAUGAACAGCAGACUGUUGAAGGCUUAUUACAUUCGCUUGGAUUGGGGAAAUAUGCCAUCAUUUUCAAAGCUGAGGAAGUGGACAUGCAUGCACUGAAGCAGAUGGGGGAAAGUGACCUGAAAGAACUUGGGAUACCUAUGGGGCCUAGGAAGAAGAUUCUUCUCUCCGUUCUGCCUCGUUCUAAAAGGCAACCUCGAUGA